AUGAGCGAUGAAAUUGACCGUCAGAGCAACGAUCUUCACGAUACAGUCUUGGAUGGUGAGCUCGUAUAUGAGACAAGCGAGGAGGGUGUCAAUAAAACCAAGUUGCUGUUAUUUGAUUGCUUGGCAAUCAACAACGAAAAUGUGACGAAGCUCCCUUUUCAAUGGCGCUAUGCGUGUCUUCAAAAUCAAGUACUUCCCAUCAUUGAAGCAUUUCUUCGAAGACGUACGGACAUUCGUUCGACCUUGGGUUUUGAACCUUUACUCAAACCCAUGUCGCGUGCAUAUGACGUUGCCAUUGUACUGCAAAAAAUGCCUAAUCUACAGCACCGCACGGACGGCUUGAUUUUCACGUGUCUCCACAGCCCCUAUACAUUCGGGUCUAAUUUCAAGAUACUGAAAUGGAAACCGCCUGGGUAUGUGACCAUUGAUUUUCUUCUUCGAUUCAAACAAAAUAUGUCAGAAAAAUCUACCUGCCGGAAUACAAUGGAUAAAAUGAUCGAGAAGCCUUCACUAGAGCUUCAUUUACGAACAAAUGACAACUCACACGUAUAUUUUGAUGAUAUUGCAAUUGAUGACGAUGAAUGGACGAGAUGGAAACAAUGCGGCACUUGUCUUGAUGGUCGAAUUGUUGAAUGUGCGCCAAUUUUUGUCACUUCUUGCACCGGCAAAAUCCGUGAGAAUUGGAAAAUAAUCCGUCUUCGUGAAGACAAAAUUGUCGCAAAUCACUACUCUAUCAUAACUCGGACCCUUGAAAGUAUUCAUCAUGGUGUAUCAGAGAGCAAGCUGGUCAAAUCUGUUCCUGGUAUAGCUCGGAACUGGUUUCAUCCUAAACGUCGUGCUAAAAGAAUCCGAUUUGAAAGCACCAUGCCCUCUAUCCUCCCAUCCAAAUAA